UGCCGCUGUGUCAGGGCGGCGCCGCGGUGCCAGGAGCGGCUGGAGGCGUGAGGGGCGGGGGGAUCCGGGGGGAUCCGGGCCGUGAGCGUCCCGCUCUGCCACCCGUGGGCGCCCGGGGCCGAGAGAAAAGAGCAGACGCCGAGCAGCCGGCGGAAUGAGUCGGCCUCACCGCGGGCCUGCGGGCAGCCGGGGCCUCGGCACCAUGGAGGUGAAGAGCAAGUUUGGAGCAGAAUUUCGGCGGUUCUCUUUGGAGAGGUCCAAACCCGGGAAGUUUGAGGAGUUCUAUGGAUUGUUGCAGCAUGUGCACAAGAUUCCCAACGUCGAUGUUCUCGUGGGAUAUACAGACAUUCACGGAGAUCUGCUGCCUAUAAAUAACGAUGACAAUUAUCAUAAAGCAGUUUCCACCGCCAAUCCCCUACUCAGGAUUUUCAUUCAGAGGAAAGAAGAUGCAGACUACAGUGCCUUUGGUACCGAUACUAUGACACGGAAGAAAAAUGUCUUAACAAAUGUGCUACGUCCAGAUAAUCACAAGAAGAAACCACACAUUGUCAUUAGCAUGCCACAAGACUUCAGACCAGUGUCUUCUAUUAUAGACGUAGAUAUUCUUCCAGAAACCCAUCGCAGGGUACGACUUUACAAGUAUGGAACUGACAAACCCCUUGGAUUCUAUAUACGGGAUGGCUCCAGUGUCAGAGUAACGCCACAUGGAUUAGAAAAAGUUCCGGGAAUUUUCAUAUCUAGGCUUGUCCCUGGGGGUCUCGCUCAAAGCACAGGUUUGCUGGCUGUCAAUGAUGAAGUACUGGAGGUGAAUGGAAUAGAAGUUUCAGGAAAAAGCCUUGAUCAAGUUACAGACAUGAUGAUUGCAAACAGCCGUAACCUGAUCAUUACAGUCAGACCAGCAAACCAGAGAAAUAAUGUUGUGAGGAACAGUCGGAAUUCUGGCAGCUCCGGUCAGUCGACUGAAUCCAGUCUUCCAAGCAGCACGCCAAAUAUUUUAGCAAAUUUCCUGCAAGGAGAAGAAGAGAGUGAUGAGGAGGACAUUAUUAUUGAAGAUAGCGGUGAGCCACAGCAAAUUCCUAAAGCUGCACCCACCAGCCUGGAAUCAUUGACACAGAUUGACCUGCUCCAUGAGCCAACCCAGAACGGCUUCCUUCCUUCCGGUGAGGUGAACUUGAAUCACUCAGCAUGCAACGUUAGCAUGGAAUGUGAAGUACAGAACCCAGAUCAUAAGUCAUUAGAAGAAGACGGAACUAUAAUAACACUAUGAAAAUACAUUGGUGUACUUUGUACUGAGCAAAGAUGCUAUACGUUUUUGAUUUGGCAUAAUAUUUUAUACCUCUCCAUCUACUGUGCACUGCAAUUUGCUUAAAAGGAGGAAAAGAUAGCAAAUGUAAGAAAAUGACAAUGUUGUAAGUUGACUGACUGCACUUCCAUGUAAAUACUUCACAAAUAUAAUAGUUGAUAACUGACUGAAAUUUACAUUGAAGGUGAAGGAUAGCUAAGAGAUGGCUGUGAGCUUUCUCUUAAUGGUACUUUUAUUUUUGUUUUUUUUAAUGCAAAAUACUACUGGUUCUAUGGGAUUAAACUUCCAUUAGUGUCUAAGGUUGAUUAUCUAAUGUGCUGUGGUUUCACGUUCAACUGAAGUGCUGCUUAUAUAUGAUGGAGCCGCUUUAGUCGGUUCAUUCCUCUCCUGGCCUACUGUUUUUCUGAUAGAGCUGUCUGUGUGGCUCUGCAUAUAAGAAAACAAAAUAAGCAGGAGUUGGGCUGGGAAAGAGGUUCUCUUGGUUGCUCAAGUUCCUGAGUCAUUGAGCAGCGGCACAAUGUGAGGUCAGCAGCUUAUCCUCAGUUAGAUGGGGCCUUCUUAGGCUGACUAUCCCGUUGUAAGUGUGUAACCACAGGCUUGUUAGUCAUGAUCUAUAUUGUUUUUAAUUUGCCUCUUGUUGCAAGGUUCAUUUACUUUCAAUUACACUAUGAUUUUUAAAUCCAAAUGUGAAGCUUUUGACACUUCUGUGUCUCAGAUCUGUUCUCAUUUUAGUUUGCAAUAUUUAGGACAUUGUCAAAUUUUGUUGCUAAUCUCAGUGAAUAUUAAACAAAUCAAAUGUAAAGUUAAUUCUAUGGAAAUGAUAUUACAUAAUCCAUGUUUUAAAGAACAAAAAGCAGUCCUAGCAGAAGCUGUAAAGAUUUCUGCUAGCAAAGCUUGUUGGGUCUAAAUGAUGUGAAAAUGACUUUCUUCACACCUACACAUUUAAAGCAGCUUAAAUUGACUUAAAUCCCUGUAUUUAGAAAACAGUUUGAAAUCAGGAUGAGACUUUAAUAGAACUUGUUUGAGCAGUAUGGUAUUAGAAUUAUUCAUUCUAAUGAACCAAACUGUAAAUGCUGGUUUUCCUGUGCACCACUGGCUGUCUUGAACAUUAUAGAGCUGCUAUGCAUAAAGCAAAAUGCAGAUGACAAGUCCUGAUGCUGCAAAAGCACAAGCAAGCACAUUUCCCAGGUGGGAACGUUACUUGUUGCAGGAAAAUUAGAUGGGAACUAAUAAAGUUGGGAAGAAGGUGAAUGGAGCUUCUCAACAGGAAUCCAGCAGUCUGAGUCAACCUGUAAGAAAGCAGCAGGAUGUGACCAGCUCUGUACUGUGCUUCCAGAUUCUUGGAAGUGUCUUCUGCCCUGUGGGGGUUAAACUGGAUGAUCAUUGUGGUCUUUUUCAACCCAGGCCAUUCUAUGAUUCUAUGUAACAGGCAGGAAAGGAGACUAACUUUUUUUUCCCCCCCCAGUCUACUCUGGGGAAACAUCUACCUCUGGUAACUUUGCUAAUGUGGGGCUAACUAGAAGCUUAGUAUUAAGGCAUCUACACCAGGAUUCAUAGUGUAUCAGAGGCUAGAAGUGUAUUUGAUUAAGCUUUUUGUAACAUAAAUGAAGUUACUUCAGUUGUUAGUGGCAUUAAAUUUUAAUGCACUUGAAUUUGAAAUUAAUAAUCUCAACAUUGGAGUUCAAAUCUCACAGGAGUUGAAGUGUUUUACUUAUUUUUGCUUAUUAUUGAUAUGAAGAAACUAUAUCCGCUUGGUGUGAAAUGAGGAAAAUGUCUUCAUUCUGCAAUAUGUAAAUUUCAAUAACUCAUUUUCUGACAGUGCUGCUCUCUACACUUCCUUUACUAAAGGAAGAUUGUUUACUUUAAAGUAUCUUCUUGCUUUAUCAAAGACUUUCCUUCCUGUAUGAAAUCAUCAGCUGAUGGUGACUUUUAUUAUGCUAGUUUGCAUUUCUGUGCCUUCUGCUUACUUGAAUGUAUUGCGAAUAACUAAAAGGAGUAAAGGCACUUGGAUGAGAAAAGAGUGAGGUCUGUGGAUCCAGAAGAUGAACUGGUAGCGCACUCAGUGCAGGUGUAAAGCUGUCACUCAGAGGAUGUACCCUGUGGGUCUGCUCAGUGCGUUGGUGUUUUGCAGCUCGGAUGCAAGAUGAGCUGUUAAAUUAGACAGGAGGGUUGGUUCUGAGCAUGAUAAUUACAGAACAUUACAAGGUAACUUAUUGCUGAAAUACAAACACCCAAAGUUAGUGUGCUGCCAAACUCCUGUGUUACCCAAUUUGUUCUCUAACAGAUGCAUGGAUAUAUUGGAUAUGUCUGCCAGUAUGAGAGAAUUGUAGAAAACUAACUAGGGUCCGCUAAACACUGCAUGGAAAUCCAUCUCUUAGGACCUUUUCUGCAAUCCUGUAAUCUAAUUGAUCCAAAUAGGAGAUAAUACUCUUGACAAGUAAUGUUCUGUUUUACAGGAACUUGAUAACACUCAUAACAAGACUAAGCAUUUGGGAUUUGAUUAAAACAAAGCACCAGGUAUACAUAAUAAAAACUGACCUGUAGGUUUAUUUAUGGUUACAGGGACGGGCUGCACAGCAUGUAAUUGCUGACUGCUGCAGUGACCAUGGAGUUUCUAAAGUUCUUCCACAUCUUACUAAUGUAUACACUGUUAAUUAUGAAAUACUUUUAAUUGUUACUUCAGGAUGAUCAAUGGUUGAUUAUGAAUGGCUAAACUUCAUAUAUAAGUGGUACUAAGGCUCAGUAUGGGGUUUUUUAAAUAUGCUGGUAUCAUUAGCCUUUAAUUCACUACCUCCUGAAUUUUUAACAUCUUUACGAUUUUCUCCUUGGAAGAAAGUGCUUAAAGGCUUGACUGUUUCAUACAGAUUUUUAUCUUUAGCUAAAAGAAAUCCAGAAGUGAUAGUGAGGAUGCUACGCAUGAUUGACAAAAUUAAGCUGCUAUUAAUGUAAUCUUUGUGUUUUAAGUAUCCUGUAUAUGUAAACUGUAUUUUCAACCCAGAUUUUAUAAAUUAAUUUAUAAAUAUUCAAAUUACUUUAAAAAAAAAAAAAAUGGAGCAGAAAACUGAAGUUCCUCUGUGUAGUGUUGUGUGUUGUAUACGUGCAUGGGGGAAGUCCUUCCUUCAUUGCAGCUGGGAGAUAAGUGCACCUUACUGGGAGAAACAAGCAAAUUCUUCAUAGAAUUAAGUUGCAUUUACUUUGAAGUUCUGCUCUGGUACUGGGUAAGUCAAGCCUAACUGUGAAUCGUGUGUUUUUCCACAGCUGAAUUUAGGGCAAUGUUCUCACAGCCUGUCUUUUAACAUGUGUAUUUUUGUGAAUAUUAUGUAUUUUCUAAUUAAAUUCUACUUGGAAUGUGAUUUUUACAUGAAUGAACUUGUUUAAAAUGUCAAAUAUCAGUAUUUUUCUUACAACUUCAAUGUAUAAUGUACAUUGUUAGCUCACUGAAUGAAGAUUGAUUUUAUGAAUCUGGCUAGCUGUAGCUGUAUAUUAGUCCUAUAUUUUUACAGACUGGAAUAAUAAAUGGAUCUAUAGAAAUAAAA